UUAUUAGGCCAGCGUCAAAUUAGGGUUCUUACGAAUCCAAUUCACAAAACUUCUCCAAAUCAAUCUUCUUUCAUCACAAAUUAUCUCUGAACUUUUCGCACCUUUUGAAUCAUGGAGAUGGAACGCGUCUUCGAAUUUCCUCAUACUCACAUGGAUCGCCGCCCUAGAAAGAGAGCGAGGCUCGGCUGGGAUGUUCCUGAGGUUCCUAAGGCUCAGGUAGGAUUGUUUUUUGGACAAGAUGUUGGGAAUAUUUCCAGCUAUGCUCCUUCAGGGGUUUCUUCAGAACAUACCACUAGUUCCCUACUUGUGAAGGGUGUUGCUCGAAAUGGUUCACCCCCUUUGCGAGAUGAUGACAAAGAUGGCCAUUACACGUUUGCUGUUGGAGAAAAUUUAACUGCCCGCUAUAAGAUACACAGCAAAAUGGGUGAAGGAACCUUUGGGCAGGUAUUGGAAUGCUGGGACAGAGAGAGGAAGGAAAUGGUUGCCAUAAAAAUUGUCCGUGGAAUUAAGAAGUAUAGGGAAGCAGCCAUGAUAGAAAUUGAGAUGUUGCAACAGCUUGGUAAAAAUGAUAUAGGAGGCAAUCGUUGUGUGCAAAUAAGGAACUGGUUUGACUAUCGUAAUCAUAUAUGUAUUGUUUUUGAGAAACUUGGACCAAGCUUAUACGAUUUUCUUCGGAAAAACAAUUAUCGCUCAUUUCCCAUUGAUCUUGUCCGUGAGAUUGGCAGACAACUAUUGGAAUGUAUUGCAUUUAUGCAUGAUUUGCGCAUGAUCCAUACUGAUUUGAAGCCUGAAAACAUACUCCUUGUUUCACCAGACUAUGUCAAAGUCCCUGACUAUAAGAUUUCAUCUAGAUCACCAAACUCAUAUUUCAAAAAAGUGCCCAAGUCUAGUGCUAUCAAGGUUAUUGAUUUUGGAAGCACCACAUAUGAGCGUGUAGAUCAAAGUUACAUUGUAUCAACUCGUCAUUAUAGAGCACCUGAAGUUAUCCUUGGUCUUGGCUGGAGUCAUCCGUGUGAUAUAUGGAGUGUGGGGUGUAUAUUGGUUGAGUUAUGCACGGGUGAAGCUUUAUUCCAGACUCAUGAAAAUUUAGAGCACCUUGCCAUGAUGGAGAGGGUUCUCGGUCCACUACCAAUGCAUAUGUUGAAAAAAGUCGACCGACAUGCUGAGAAGUAUGUCAGAAGAGGUAAAUUAGACUGGCCAGUCGGUGCAACCUCAAGGGAGAGUAUUAAAGCUGUAACUAAGCUUCCUAGAUUACAGAACCUUAUAAUGCAGCAUGUUGAUCAUUCAGCCGGUGACCUUGUACAUCUUCUGCAAGGAUUACUUAGAUAUGACCCUUUUGAAAGAAUUACUGCCAAGGAAGCCCUGAGACAUUCCUUUUUCAUGAGGAGAUCACAUUAGACGACCCACUAUUACAGAGUGAGAUCAUGUUAGAUACACCAAUUACUCAUAGCAGCAUCCUUUGGGAGUCAUCAACAUGACAAGAUGGGUGCCCAAUACUCCCCUCAUACAUGUGUUGUGUUGAGAUGGCCGCAGGUAUAAAAAGAAGCCAUAGCCGUCAACUUUUUUUUAUCUUAGUCUUGUAAACAAUCGGCCCUUAUCUGGCUGUGGAUCCUUAUUUAGAAGUGUUCAUUCUGACCCAUAUGAUUUCAAUGUACAGUAGAUGAUUGCAAUAUAACAUCUAUGUUGUGUUAAAACAUUUAGCAUUA